ACAGAAGACCACCACCAUAAACAGAGAGAGAGAGAGAGAGAGAGAGAGGGAGGGAGGGAGGGGCCAUUCGUGUCAUUAAAUUCAUGUUAAGGAAGACAGAUAGAUAAAGACACCCAGAGACACAGAGACCCAGCAGCAGAGAAACAGACCCGUAGAUCGUAUCUUCUUCCUCUCUCUCUCUCUCUCUUUCUCAUUGUGUGUGUGUGUGUGUCUGUGUCUGUGUCUGUGGUUGCUUUGUAUAGGGCAUUCGCUCGCUCUUACGUUGUUUUUCUUGCUGUUCUUGUUCUUUGUCCGGCCGGUGGUCUGGUGGUUAGAGAGAGCGAGAGAGAGGAGAGAUGGGGCGAGGGAGGGUGCAGCUGAAGAGGAUAGAGAACAAGAUAAACAGGCAAGUGACGUUCUCGAAGCGGAGAUGCGGGCUGCUGAAGAAGGCCCACGAGAUCUCCGUACUCUGCGACGCCGAGGUCGCCCUCAUCGUCUUCUCCACCAAGGGCAAGCUCUUCGAUUACGCCACCGACUCUUGCAUGGAGAGGAUCCUUGAGCGUUAUGAGAGAUAUUCAUAUGCAGAGAGACAGAUUCUCACAAACGAUACCGAAACUAAUGGGAACUGGACUUUGGAACAUGCAAAGCUCAAGGCCAGGAUGGAGAUUUUGCAGAAAAAUAGAAAGAAUCUGAUGGGAGAAGAACUCGACUCUUUAAGCCUCAAAGAGCUUCAGAAUUUGGAGCACCAGCUUGAUACAGCUCUUAAGCACAUUCGGUCGAGAAAGAACCAAAUCAUGUAUGAAUCAAUCUCUGAGCUUCAAAGAAAGGAUAAGGCGCUGCAAGAUCAAAACAACAUGCUGGCAAAGAAGGUGAAGGAGAAGGAGAAGGUGCUGGCACAGCAGACUGAAUGGGAGAGCCAGCAAGAUAAUGCCCUCACCUCUUCCUCGGUUAUUAUCUCUCAAUCUUUGCAGCCUCUCAACAUUGGGGUUCCUUACAAUGCAAGUGGAGUUGAAGAGGGAGCAGCUCUUGGCCCACCCCAACAUCGUAACGCCACUCUUCUUCCUCCAUGGAUGCUUGGCCACCUCCAAGAAUAAUGAUGGAAUUUAUUCGCAUGCGAACCGCAUAUAUCUUAAUCGAAAUAUU